AUGGCUGCCCGUGCCGAUCCUUUCCUCACCGAUGUCGAGGUUCCUGACUACAAAGCCACGGCAGCCAUGGCAGAGGCCGCCCGCCGUGAGCACAUGGUCAGCCAGGAAGUGGCGGUUUUGAUCUUCACCCCGUGGACAUGCUAUGUGGUGAUGGUCCUGGCCUUUGCAUUGCCCCCGCCAGGAUUUCUGUCAAGCCUUUUGGCGGGCGCAUCCUGGAUAGCUAGCCUUUUCGUGGCACGUCAGGCCUACGAGAGGCACCUCCGUGGAGCCAGCCCAGUCUACAAGCUUUUGGCCUUGAUGGUUUUACUCAGCUGCGUGGCGGGGCCAUUGGUUGGCAUGCACAUUGAGCAGAGGGAGAUGGCCAGCUAUUGGAUGCACAAAAAUGGUGUCACCUACAGAGAUGUAGCACCAACCAAGCCAUCCGAUGCGUAUCAGGACGCAAGCAUUCUGGACUUCUCGGCCAGCACUCGCCUCGAUUUGCAAAGAACCCUUGGAGUCCGAUCUCCGGGCACUGGGAUGACCUACUGCAUCGCGCCGGUGAUAGACGUGUCUUCAUCAUCAGAGCACGUGAAUUACUUUGCCGCCGAUGUCAACUGCUGCGAGCCACGUCGCAGCUUCCUUUGCGGUGAUACGGCUAAAGCUAGCGCAAGGACGGGCGUGGUUCUGCCAUCGAAGUCGUCUGUGCACGCUGCAGAGAGGUGGGACCAUUUCUUCAAGGCCGCCCAACAGGCUGCUGAGGUCUACGGAUGGCAGCUGCCUGAGAGGCCGAUCUUCGUGCGUUGGUUCCAAGACGCCGAAGGGGUGCAGUCAGAGCUUCUGCACCAGGGUCUGGUGGAGACCUUCGUGCAGUGCUUCGCGGGACUUUGUGCUGCAGUGAUUGUGGCCAUGUGGCUGCACUGGUCUUUGUCCUACUAUGUCCAGGACAAGAAACACGCUGACCGUGGCAGGGCUGCGGCUAGUCGAUACACAACGUAG